CCCCAAUGUCAUUUGAUUGGUGAAGUAGUUUUCACUGCAGUCAAAACAAGGAGUGUAGCGUUAGCUACAAGAACUGACAGACACAGACGGUGCGCUUGACAUGGAGAGAGGUAUCGGUAAGUUGUCUUGUCGUCUUAAUUUUUAACAGUUAGCUACUUGGAGUAGACUAGACAAAAUAGCACCCGGUACAUUCAGUGCCUUUGGCAAGCUAGCAUGUCACCUAUUUCUAAAUAGCGCACAUAUUAUCUGGCUAGAGCAAGGUUAAUUGGCUGUCUAUAGCUAGCUAACGUUAGCUAACUUAGCUCAUCAUGGGCAUUUCCAUGUAAAACGCCCCAUGACUCACGAGCACUAACAUGUGAAGUUCAUAAGAGCACAUUACAUUUGGUGUCAAAUGAAAGCUAAGAGUUUAUAAAAAAACUUUUUUUAAAUGCGUUAUUAUUCUACCAAAUAGGUAACACAACAGAAUGACCAAUAAAUCAGGAACAGAUUGACUGCUACUAAAUUGUCUACAAUGGGAACUCAUAGUAGUCACAAACCUCAGUUGGGUCACCUGCUACUGUACUGUCCUCCCUUCCACUCGCAUACAGUUAUGUUCAGAUCAUAACUAUUUUCUUUCUCUGUCUGUGGUGUGGUGGUCAAAGCCCUUGCUCUCUUCCUCUUUCUCUCUCUCUCUUCUGCUCUCUCUCUCUCCAGUUAAUGUCACCUCUCCUAGCUUUUACUGAGACCUACCCCCUCGUUCCAUUUACUGUAACCAGCCCUCUCACCCACUGAGAACUGACUGACACCCCAGGCGUCCAUGGACGUUGGAAAGUACCGUAGUUGUACUUGUGAAACAUAGAUGUCUAUGCUUGAUCCAGACCAACCAAAUUUGGUCUUGUUUUGGGGCGGAGCUCAUUAGAAGUGGUAGUGUGCGAAUCCUCAUACUAGCGUACUAAACAGUAUGUAAAAAAAUAUAUAAUGUUUUAUAGUAUGUGACAUUUUUAAAAUAGUACUCCAAAUGUGUCAUGUAAUACGAGAUUGCGUUGACCCCUGCCAUUCGUUAAUUUUGGUACAGCACGUCAAUUUAUCUGAUUAUCAGCUGUUGUCAAAAACUUUAGUUGGAAAAGACAAGUGAAUUCUACUAGAUCAAACGUCGUAUGCAGUUUAAGUAUGUAGUAAGCUAGUAUGGGUAUUUUGACAGGGCUAGUGUGUAGAAUAAUACCCAGACAUGUAAAGGAGGAUAUACACAUUUUCGGCCUUUGUGUACCUAUUCAGGAUACAUCGCCAUGAAGCGAAUGACAUUCAACUUUAUACAUUUCUCUAUAGUACAGAUCAGGGACCCAUGAUGUCAUUUUGUUACCAUCGUUCUGUUACCGGAUAUUUAUCCACUUCACUUACUGUAGUUCAAUAACCAAAAUAUAUUUGCUCAAACUCAAGGUGUCAUAUACGGUAGCUGACACCCCAUUAUUUCUGCAGACAUCUUUGAAUCUUAAUUCGGAGUAGAUAUUUAACCAAGUGUUUGGAAAACGUGGUCACAUAAAAAACUGAGGGAGAUUUUACCGUCAUUCUAAUAGACAGUACUGUGCAGCCGUCUUCAUCGACUUGGCCAAGGCUUUCGACUCUGUCAACCACCGCAUUCUUAUUGGCAGACUAAAUAGCCUUGGUUUCUCAAAUGACUGCCUCGCCUGGUUCACCAACUACUUCUCAGAUAGAGUUCAGUGUGUCAAAUUGGAGGGCCUGUUGUCUGGACCUAUGGCAGUCUCUAUGGGGGUGCCACAGGGUUCAAUUCUUGGGCCGACACUUUUCUCCGUGUAUAUCAAUGAUGUCGCUCUUGCUGCUGGUGACUCUCAGAUCCACCUCUACGCAGACGACACCAUUUUGUAUACAUCUGGCCCUUCAUUGGACACUGUGUUAACAAACCUCCAAACGAGCUUCAAUGCCAUACAACAAUCCUUCAGUAGCCUCCAACUGCUCUUAAACACUAGUAAAACUAAAUGCAUGCUUUUCAAUCGAACGCUGCUGGCACCCGCCCACCCGACUAGAAUCACCACUCUCGACAGGUCUGACCUAGAGUAUGUGGACAACUACAAAUACCUAGGUGUCUGGUUAGACUGUAAACUCAACUUCCAGACUCACAUAAAGAAUCUCCAAUCCAAAGUUAAAUCUAGAAUCGGCUUCCUAUUUCGCAAUAAAGCCUCCUUCACUCAUGCUGCCAAACAUGCCCUCGUAAAACUGACUAUCCUACCGAUCCUUGACUUCGGCGAUGUAAUUUACAAAAUAGCCUCCAACACUCUACUCAGCAAAUUGGAUGUAGUCUAUCACAGUGCCAUCCGUUUUGUCUCCAAAGCCCCAUACACUACCCACCACUGUGACCUGUACGCUCUUGUUGGCUGUUCCUCACUACAUGUUCCUCGUCAAACCCACUGGCUCCAGGCCAUCUAUAAAUCACUGCUAGGCAAAUCCCCGCCUUAUCUUAGCUCAUUGGUCACCAUAGCAGCACCCACCCGUAGUCUGCGCUCCAGCAGGUAUAUCUCACUGGUCAUUCCCAAAGCCAACACCUCCUUUGGCCGCCAUUCCUUCCAGUUCUCUGCUGCCAAUGACUGGAACGAAUUGCAAAAAUCUAUGAAGCUGGAGACUCUUAUCUCCCUCAAUAACUUUAAGCAUCAGUUGUCAGUGCACCUUACCGAUCACUGCACCUGUACACAGCCCAUCUGAAAUUAGCCCACCCAACUACCUCAUCCCUAUAUUGUUAUUUAUUUUGCUCUUUUGCACCCCAGUAUCUCUAUUUGCACAUAAUCUCUUGCACAUCUAGCAUUCCAGUGUUAAUACUAUUGUAAUUAUUCUGCACUAUAGCCUAUUUAUUGCCUUACCUCCAUAACUUGCUACAUUUGCACACACUGUAUAUAUAUUUUCUGUUGUAUUUCUGACUUUAUGUUUUUUACCCCAUAUGUAACUCUGUGUUGUUUUUAUUGCACUACUUUGCUUUAUCUUGGCCAGGUCGCAGUUGUAAAUGAGAACCUGUUCUCAACUGGCUUACCUGGUUAAAUAAAGGUGAAAUAAAAAAAAAUUAUGUUACUUAACUUUACAUCUGCACUGUUCUUCAAGUAAAUGUGUUUUUCAAAAAAAAUUAUGUGGAAAUUGUUAAAAGUAGGCCUAGUCCUUGAGUUGUAUGGUUUGUUUAACUUUGCAAUCAAUGGUUUUUGAUUAGCAUACUUUUAAAGUGAAAAAUCAGUCUCUGCGUCAUUCUGUUACCAUGGAAUUGACCUAAUCCCAGAGCAUAAAAUUAACACUGCCACCCGCCAAAUGCGGUUAGAUUUAGGUAUUGGCGGGUAAGAAUGUCUAUUUCACCAGCCACGUUGGCGGGUGGUCAAUUUGCAGAGCUCUACAGUGCAUUACAUUUGCGAAUAAAAAUAGUCAAAAGUCAAGUUGAGCACAUGUGCGAGUUGCGAUUUAUUGUAGAAAUAUGCUGCAGUAGAUGUUUUCAAAGUAUGUCUUCUGUUUUGUUUCAUAGAUGCUAAUCACACAAAUAAAUAUAAAUCCUAUAUCCCACAUCACGCACCAACACUGCCUGGCAGGAGAGCUGUGCGCACUGAGUGAAGUGCUGUUAGAUUCAUUUUUGGAGGAGCUGCGCACAGGCAUAAAAGUUGUUGGCCUAAUUUAGUCUAAAGUCUACAAAGUGAGACUUUGUCCUCGUGUUUCUUGACUAUUUACAUUGUUUUGUUCACAAGCUCUGAUGUUUUUCAACUUAGUUUGAGUCUGCUGCUUCAGCUGAUAGUGAAGAGACGCCCUAAUCAGAUCCGAAAUCUCACACACAGACACAUUACACUACUUGAGUGGCCCCGUUACCACGGUAACCCUCUGCCCUUAAAGGGGCAGCUGAACAGAACAUUUUGUAUCAUCUGAUAUUUUGGUUAAAAGACUCAGGUCACAAAAAAUGAAAUGAAAUUUAGCAAUAUACCACAUUAUUUAUUGCUAAUAUAUUUCUUGUUUUUAGAAACAAUACAAAGCAUGGUCAUCCAUUUGUUUUGUUAUGUAAUUAUGGCGGGAGAGAGAGAGAGAGAGAGAGAGAGAAUACUUAAGUUCACACAGGACACCAGAUAAGACAGGAUAAUUUCACCAGAUAGGACAGACUGACCCUAGCCCCUUGGCAAAUAGACUAUUGCAGGAUAAAUACUGGAGACUGAGAUGGGGAGGGUCGGGGGACACUGGCCCUGUCCGACGAUACCCCCGGACAGGGUCAACCAGGCAGGAUAUAACCCCACCCACUUUGCCAAAGCACAGCCCCCACACCACUAGAGGGAUAUCAACAGACCACCAACUUACUACCCUGAGACAAGGCUGAGUAUAGCCCACGAAGAUCUCCUCCACCGCACGAGCUGAGGGGGUACAAUGUGACGCACCCCUCCUAUGGGUGGCAUGGGAGAGCACUAGUAAGCAAGUGACUCAGCCCCCGUAAUAGGGUUAGAGGCAGAGAAUCCCAGUGGAGAGAGGUGAGCCGGCCAGGCAGAGACAGCAAGGGUGGUUUGUCACUCCAGUGCCUUGCCAUUCACCUUCGCAACCCAGGGCCAGACUACACUCAAUCAUAGGACCUACUCAGUAAAGACUUAAAGGUCAAGACAGUCUGCGUCUCUCACAUGGAUAGGCAGACUGAUCCAUAAAAAUGUACCUCUAUAGGAGAAAGCUCUGCCUUCAGCUGUUAGCUUAGAAAUUCUAGGGACAAUAAGGAGGCCUGCGUCUUGUGACCAUUGCGUAUGUGUAGGUACAUUACAAAGUAUGUGGACAACCUUUCAAAUUAGUGGAUUCGGCUAUUUCAGCCACACUCGUUGCUGACAGGUGUAUAUAAUCGAGCACACAGCCAUGCAAUCGCCAUAGACAAACAUUUACAGUAGAAUGGCCCGUACUGAAGAGCUCAGUGACUUUCAACGUGGCAACGUCAUAGGAUGCCACCUUUCCAACAAGUCAGUUGGUCAAAUUUCUGCCCUGCUAGAGCUGCCCGGUCAACUGUAAGUGCUGUUAUUGUGAAGUAGAAACGUCUAGGAGCAACAACGGCUCAGCCGUGAAGUGGUAGGCCACACAAGCUCACAGAACGGGACCGCCGAGUGCUGAAGCGCAUUGUUUGUCGAGAUAAAUGUGGAAGAACUUGACUGGCCUGCACAGAGCCCUGUCCUCAACCCCAUCGACUUUUCUGCAUAAUUUUUGGACAUAAAGUUUCAGCUCUUUGCAAUGUUUCAAAGAUCAGGUUCCAGAGUAACGCCGAGGUCCUUUACAGUUUUAUUUGAGACGACUGUACAACCAUCAAGAUGAAUUGUCAGAUCAAACAGCAUAUCUCUUUGUUUCUUGGGAACUAGAACUAGCAUCUCUGUUUUGUCCGAGUUUAAAAGUAGCUUACACUGUCAGAAGGUUACAUUAUGCUACAAAGUAACUACUAGCUAACUGAUAGUCUGUGGGUUGCAUUUGGUGUGUGUUUACCAGUUACCCAUCUAACUUCUACCUAUGUACAGUGGGGACAUUUUUUAUUUAGUCAGCCACCAAUUGUGCAAGUUCUCCCACUUAAAAAGAUGAGAGAGGCCUGUAAUUUUCAUCAUAGCUACACGUCAACUAUGACAGACAAAUUGAGAAAAAAAAUCCAGAAAAUCACAUUGUAGGAAUUUUAAUGAAUUUAUUUGCAAAUUAUGGUGGAAAAUAAGUAUUUGGUCACCUACAAACAAGCAAGAUUUCUGGCUCUCACAGACCUGUAACUUUUUCUUUAAGAGGCUCCUCUGUCCUCCACUCGUUACCUGUAUUAAUGGCACCUGUUUGAACUUGUUAUCGGUAUAAAAGACACCUGUCCACAACCUCAAACAGUCACACUCCAAACUCCACUAUGGCCAAGACCAAAGAGCUGUCAAAGGACACCAGAAACAAAAUCGUAGACCUGCACCAGGUUGGGAAGACUGAAUCUGCAAUAGGUAAGCAGCUUGGUUUGAAGAAAUCAACUGUGGGAGCAAUUAUUAGGAAAUGGAAGACAUACAAGACCACUGAUAAUCUCCCUCGAUCUGGGGCUCCACGCAAGAUCUCACCCCGUGGGGUCAAAAUGAUCACAAGAACGGUGAGCAAAAAUCCCAGAACCACACAGGGGGACCUAGUGAAUGACCUGCAGAGAGCUGGGACCAAAGUAACAAAGCCUACCAUCAGUAACACACUACGCCGCCAGGGACUCAAAUCCUGCAGUGCCAGACAUGUCCCCCUGCUUAAGCCAGUACGUGUCCAGGCCCGUCUGAAGUUUGCUAGAGUGCAUUUGGAUGAUCCAGAAGAGGAUUGGGAGAAUGUCAGAUGAAACCAAAAUAUAACUUUUUAGUAAAAACUCAACUCGUUGUGUUUGGAGGACAAAGAAUGCUGAGUUGCAUCCAAAGAACACCAUACCUACUGUGAAGCAUGGGGGUGGAAACAUCAUGCUUUGGGGCUGUUUUUCUGCAAAGGGACCAGGACGACUGAUCCGUGUAAAGGAAAGAAUGAAUGGGGCCAUGUAUCGUGAGAUUUUGAGUGAAAACCUCCUUCCAUCAGCAAGGGCAUUGAAGAUGAAACGUGGCUGGGUCUUUCAGCAUGACAAUAAUCCCAAACACACCGCCCGGGCAACGAAGGAGUGGCUUCGUAAGAAGCAUUUCAAGGUCCUGGAGUGGCCUAGCCAGUCUCCAGCAACAGUGUGUGAAAACCUUGUGAAGACUUACACUAAACGUUUGACCUCUAUCAUUGCCAACAAAGGGUAUAUAACAAAAUAUUGAGAAACUUUUGUUAUUGACCAAAUACUUAUUUUCCACCAUAAUUUGCAAAUAAAUUCAUAAAAAAUCCUACAAUGUGUUUUUUCUGGGGGAAAAAAUGCUCAUUUUGUCUGUCAUAGUUGACGUGUACCUAUGAUGAAAAUUACAGGCCUCUCUCAUCUUUUUAAGUGGGAGAACUUGCACAAUUGGUGGCUGACUAAAUACUUUUUUCCCCCACUGUAACUGCUAUGUAAAUACUAUGUUGUUGUCAUGAAAAGUCAGUGGUACCACAUUUUCUGGUUUUCAUCAGUGGAUAAAUAUAGACUUUGUUAUUAUCUAGCUAGCUUAGUGAUUCUUCAGUUUUCAGGAACAUGCGUGUGAAAAAACUACAAAAUUGUAUUACUUGUACAGACGAGGACAUUUUUACAGAAAUUUUACAAUUGUGUAACAUUUUCAUGACUGCUGUUUUAGGGACUCUAAAUUGAAAUGGUAGCAGUUGACUGACCUCCAUGUAUUUUCGAUUUUCAGUGACUGGUAGUGAAACCAGCAACCCCAUCAGCGUGGCCAGUCAUGAGAGCUGCUAUCUGAGGACUUAAGCCACCACCGCCACUAUGAAGGUCCCUGCCAACCUCAAUAUUUCCUAUGGGGACGUGGAUCCCCCUGAAACCCCUCCCACCAUGUCCAUUGACAAGCUCUUCCCAGCACUCCUGGAGUGUUUUGGGAUCAUCUUGUGUGGCUACAUUGCUGGACGUGCAAACAUCAUCACAUCCACACAGGCCAAAGGAUUGGGGAACUUUGUGUCCAAGUUUGCCCUCCCAGCAUUGCUCUUUAAGAACAUGGUACUGUUGGACUUUGGCAAUGUCAUUUGGUCAUUUUUGUGGAGUAUUCUCAUCGCCAAAGUGUCUGUGUUUUUCAUUGUGUGUCUGAUUACACUACUGGUUGCCAGUCCUGACACUCGCUUCAGCAAAGCUGGUCUCUUCUCUAUCUUUGCUACUCAAAGCAAUGACUUUGCUUUGGGAUAUCCUAUUGGUGAGUGUUGUAUUCUUAUUCUUUCCAUCCUUUCAGUUUCACUCCUUCCAAAUUGAGAGCCUCCUGGCAGAACCUCAGAACAAAUGAAAUUGAUGUUUUGAAUGUCUUUCAUACUUUUAAAUCUUGUUUGGUUGGUUUGUGACAAAGAGUCUGAUUCACUCUGCUCUCCUCCCCUCCCUAAAAGAUAACUUCCUGAACUGUACCUUUUUGUUUCUUCACAGUUGAGGCCUUGUACAAGAACACUCACUCAGAGUACCUACAGUACAUCUACCUGGUGGCACCAGUGUCCCUCAUGGUUCUCAACCCCAUUGGCUUUGCCUUCUGUGAGAUCCAGAAGUGGAGGGACCAGAGAGACCAGCAGCAGAGCAAACUCCAGAUAGUGGGUGUGGUCAUCUUUCAGGUUCUGAAGAACCCCAUCGUCUUCAUGGUUGUUAUAGGCAUUAUCUUCCACUUCAUCCUUGAUCAGAAGAUCCCUGCUUUCAUGGAGCAGUUUGUGGAUGGCCUGGCUAACUCUUUUGGAGGAGCGGCCCUGUUCUACUUGGGCCUCUCCAUGGUGGGCCAGUUGGGAAAGCUCACCGGGUCUACUGUUGUAGCCCUAAUCCUGCUCAUCACUGCAAAACUGUGAGUAUUUGGGGUGGAUUUAGGAGGGAUUGUUUGAGUUUAAGAAUGUUAGGGUAGAUUAUUACACGUGUAUAGUAUGUUUUUUUUGUGUGUUUUUUUUUUUUACCUAAUACCAACUUGAGCAUACAUGAACUGUGCUACAAUUUCAUAUUCAUAUAGGACUACAGUUCAUAUAUGUUCAUACUGUUCUUUAAAGCUUUAGUUGUAAUCAUACAGUGUCAGGACCUAAGACCACACCACACCUGCUGGUAAUGACAUGUUCUGUGUUAGUGUAAUGCCAUGCAGGUCUGGGCCUGUGGGAGAGCUGACAACAACAUGUUAUUGACUCAUACGUAACUGUACAUCCAUAUAGGUCUGUUACAACCGUAGGCACAUGACUGCCAUUGUAUUGUGUAAUACCAACAUUCUUCAAUGCUGGCACCCACCCACAUUUCAGUGUUUUGACCUUCAGAACAUUCUUUAUUCUCAUAACCCUUGACAAUAAAGUAUCUUCCUUCUCACCUGAUGAUUGAUUCAUUGUGAAUGAAUCCAGCAUUUCUCUUGUAAACUUUAGUAACAUUAAACUUAAUAACAUGUUUUUUCUUCUGGAGGUUGGUGAUGCCGUUGAUCUGUCGAGAAAUGGUAGAGCUACUGGACGCCGACCACACCAACUCUGGUCUCAACCACUCCAGUCUCUCCAACUAUGCCUUCCUCUAUGGAGUCUUCCCAACCGCCCCCAGUGUGGCCAUCUAUGCUGCUCACUAUAACAUGGAGCUACAAGUCGUAAGUCAUCAACCCUCUCCUGUAUGGAUCGAAAUGUAUGCCAUAGGAAGACAUUGACAGUGUCAUAAUUGUUUUCUUUGUGUAUUGUUUUCUAACAGGUUACAUCAGGGAUGGUACUAAGCACAUUCCUCUCAGCUCCCAUAAUGUAUGUUUCUGCUUGGUUGCUGACAAUACCAUGGAUGGACCCUAAACCAUUGAUGGAUUCACUGCAGAAUGUCAGCUUUAAUGUCAGCAUCAUCAGCUUAGUUACACUGGUGAGUUUUGACUGCCUCCAACCAUUAUGAACGAAGAACUAUCAUUAACUGUAAUCGUUAUCUCUUAACUGGCUUUGUGCUGGUUAGCCUAUUUUAUUUCAGACAGGGUGGUCGGAUUUCAGGAAAUGAUAACCCACAAGCAGGGUGCUGUGUUGAUUGUACUAAAGCUUCUUUGUACCUAAUCCCAUUUAUGUUGUGGAAUUCGGGGACAGUAGUUGAGUGUGGUAUCAGGUGAUACUGUCUAGACAGGGCUACAUUGAUUCAGUAUUGAAAAUGGAAACAAUGAUAUUGAAAAGCUUAGCGCAGGGAGUCUAUGAACAGCAGAGAUGGGGAUAUGACUUGAAACCAGGCAGUUCAAAGUCAUCAGCAGGAUGUCUCUGUCUGGUGCCAAUGAUAUGAUACUUGAGGCUUACUUCCUCCUAUAAUGUGGCCUCAGUUUCACUUCUGUAACGAACCGUGAACACAUUGCUAGGAGAAAUCUGCUGAUGUAAAAAUGGCUUUAUAAAUACAUUAGAUUUGAAAUUUGAUUUGAUACACAGAGAGCAGCUUUAAAUUUAGGACUGUUUAAUUUCUGUUCCUGUUCCCAUUCGGCUGGCCAUUAUUUUAUUUUUUUACAUUCUAGACUGGUCAUAUCCAAUUUUAUUUUACACAUGCGCUGAAUACAUCUGGUGUAGACUUUACUGUGAAAUGCGUGCUUAUGAGCCCUUCCUAACGAUGCAGAUUUCUAAAAUAAAAUAGUAACACAAGGAAUAAAAUAAAAUACAUAAUAAUGGAGCUGUAUACCGGGAGUACCAGUACCAGAUCAAUGUGCAGAGGUAUUUGAGGUAGAUGGAGUGCAUUCGGAAAGUAUUUAGACCCCUUCCCUUUUUCCACAUUUAGUUACAUUACAGCCUUAUUCUAAAAUGGAUUAAAUAAAAAUGUUUCCUCAUCAAUCUACACUCAAUACCCCAUAAUGACAAAGCGAAAACAGGUUUUAUGAAAUUUGAGCAAAUGUAUUAAAAAUAAAAAACAGAACCUUAUUUGAAGAAGUAUUCAGACCCUUUGCUUUGAGACUCGAAAUUGAGCUCAGGUGCAUCCUGUUUCCAUUGAUCAUCCUUGAUGUUUCUACAACUUGAUUGGAGUCCACUUGUGGUAAAUUCAAUUGAUUGGACAUGAUUUGGAAAGGCACACACCUGACUAUAUAAGGUCCCACAGUUGACAGUGCAUGUCAGAGCAAAAACCAAGCCAUGAGGUCGAAGGAAUUAUCUGUAGAGCUCCGAGACAGGAAUGUGUCGAGGCACAGAUCUGGUGAAGGGUACCAAAACAUUUCUGCAGCAUUGAAGGUACCCAAGAACAAAGUGGCCUCCAUCAUUCUUAAAUGGAAGAAGUUAGGAACCACCAAGACUCUUCCUAGAGCUGGCCACCCGACCAAACCGAGCAAUCGGGGGAGAAAAGCCUUGGUCAGGGAGGUGACCAAGAACCCCAUGGUCACUCUGACAGAGCUCCAGAGUUUCUCUGUGGAGAUGGGAGAACCUUCCAGAAGGACAACCAUCUCUGCAGCACUCCACCAAUCAGGCCUUUACGGUAGAGUGGCCAGACGGAAGCCACUCCUCAGUAAAAGGCUCAUGACAGCUUCUUGGAGUUUGCCAAAAGGCACCUAAAGGACACUCAGACCAUGAGAAACAAGAUUCUCUGGUCUGAUGAAACCAAGAUUGAACUCUUUGGUCUGAAUGACAAGCAUCACGUCUGAAGGAAACCUGGCACCAUCCCUACGGUGAAGCAUGGUGGUGGCAGCAUCAUGCUGUGGGGAUGUUUUUCAGUGGCAGGGACUGGGAGACUGGACGGGAUCGAGGGAAAGAUGAACGGAGCAAAGUACAGAGAGAUCCUUGAUGAAAACCUGCUCAGGACCUCAGACUGGGGCGAAGGUUCACCUUCCAACAGGACAACAACCCUAAGCAAAAACAACGCAGGAGUGGCUUCGGGACAGGUCUCUGAAUGUCCUUGAGUGGCCCAGCCAGUUUCCGGACUUGAAUCCGUUCGAACAUAUCUGGAGAGACCUGAAAAUAACUGUUCUAAAAACCUGUUUUUGCUUUGUCAGUAUGGGGUAUUGUGUGUAGAUUGAUGAGGGGAAAAAAAACGAUUUCAUCAAUUUUUAGAAUAAGGCUGUAACGUAACAAACUGUGGAAAAAGUAAACAGGUCUGAAUACCUUCCGAAUGCACUGUAUGUACAUGAAGGCAGGGUAAAAUGAAAGGAUAGAUAAUAAUAAUAAGAGCAAAAUAAAGAACAGAGUAGCAGCAGCAAAUGAUGAGUGUAAAAGUGUGAGUGUUUGUGUUGUCGGUAUGCGUGUGUGUAUAUAGUGGAUGGGUUUUGUGUGGGAGUGAUAAUGUAGUGUAUGUAUAUCUAUCUAUCUAUAGCUCAGCAAAAAAAGAAACAUCCUCUCACUGUCAACUGCAUUUACUUUCAGCAAACUUAACAUGUAUGAACAUAACAAGAUUCAACAACUGAGACAUAAAAUGAACAAGUUCCACAGACAUGUGACUAACAGAAAGUAACAGUCAGUAUCUGGUGUGGCCACCAGCUGCAUUAAGUAUGCAGUGCAUCUCCUCCUCAUGGACUGCACCAGAUUUGCCAGUUCUUGCUGUGAGAUGUUACCCCACUCUUCCACCAAGGCACCUGCAAGUUCCCAGACAUUUCUAGGGGGAAUGGCCCUAGCCCUCACCCUCCGAUCCAACAGGUCCCAGAUGGGAUUGAGAUCCGGGCUCUUCGCUGGCCAUGGCAGAACACUGACAUUCCUGUCUUGCAGGAUAUCACACACAGAACGAGCAGUAUGGCUGGUGGCAUUGUCAUGCUGGAGGGUCAUGUCGGGAUGAGCCUGCAGGAAGGGUACCACAUGAGGGAGGAGGAUGUCUUCCCUGUAACGCACAGCGUUGAGAUUGCCUGCAAUGACAAUAAGCUCAGUCCGAUGAUGCUGUGCCACACCGCCCCAGACCAUGAUGGACCCUCCACCUCCAAAUCGAUCCCGCUCCAGAGUACAGGCCUCGGUGUAACGCUCAUUCCUUCGACGAUAAACGCGAAUCCGACCAUCACCCCUGGUGAGACAAAACCGCGACUCGUCAGUGAAGAGCACUUUUUGCCAGUCCUGUUUGGUCCAGCGACGGUGGUUUUGUGCCCAUAGGCGACGUUGUUGCCGGUGAGGUCUGGUGAGGACCUGCCUUACAACAGGCCUACAAGCCCUCAAUCCAGCCUCUCUCAGCCUAUUGCGGACAGUCUGAGCACUGAUGGAGGGAUUGUGCGUUCCUGGUGUAACUCGGGCAGUUGUUCUUGCCAUCCUGUACCUGUCCUGCAGGUGUGAUGUUUGGAUGUACCGAUCCUGUGCAGGUGUUGUUACACGUGGUCUGCAACACUGCGAGGACGAUCAGCUAUCCGUCCUGUCUCCCUGUAGCACUGUCUUAGGCGUCUCACAGUACGGACAUUGCAAUUUAUUGCCCUGGCCACAUUUGCAGUCCUCAUGCCUCCUUGCAGCAUGCCUAAGGCACGUUCACGCAGAUGAGCAGGGACCCUGGGCAUCUUUCUUUUGGUGUUUUACAGAGUCAGUAGAAAGGCCUCUUUAGUGUCCUAAGUUUUCAUAACUGUGACCUUAAUUGCCUAUCGUCUGUAAGCUGUUAGUGUCUUAACGACCGUUCCACAGGUGCAUGUUCAUUAAUUGUUUAUGGUUCAUUGGGAAAACAUGGGAAACAGUGUGUUUUAAACCCUUUACAAUGAAGAUCUAUGAAGUUAUUUGGAUUUUUACGAAUUAUCUUUGAAAGACAGGGUCCAGAAAAAGGGACGUUUCUUUUUUUGCUGAGUGUAUGUAUGUAUGUAUGUAUGUAUGUAUGUAUGUAUGUAUGUAUGUAUGUGUGUAUGUGUGUAUACAGUUGAAGUCGGAAGUUUACAUACACUUAGGUUGGAGUCAUUAAAACUCGUUUUUCAACCACUCAACCACAUGUGCAGUUGCAAACGGUAGUCUGGCUUUUUUAUGGUGGUUUUGGGGCAGUGGCUGCUUCCUUGCUGAGAGGCCUUUCAGGUUAUGUCGAUUAUAGGACUCGUUUUACUGUGGAUAUAGAUACUUUUGUACCUGUUUCCUCCAGCAUCUUCACUAGGUCCUUUUGUUUAUUGUUCUGGGAUUGAUUUGCACUUUUCGCACAAAAGUACGUUAAUCUCUAGGAGACAGAACGCGUCUCCUUCCUGAGUGGUAUGACGGCUGCGUGGUCCCAUGGUGUUUAUACUUGCGUACUAUUGUUUGUACAGAUGAACGUGGUACCUUCAGGCGUUUGGAAAUUGCUCCCAAGGAUGAACCAGACAUGUGGAGGUCUACCAUUUUUUUUCUGAGGUCUUGGCUGAUUUUCUUUUGAUUUUCCCAUGAUGUCAAGCAAAGAGGCACUGAGUUUGAAGGUAGGCCUUGAAAUACAUCCACAGGUACACCUCCAAUUGACUCAAAUGAUAUCAAUUAGCCUAUCAGAAGCUUCUAAAGCCAUGACAUCAUUUUCUGGAAUUUUCCAAGCUGUUUAAAGGCACAGUCAACUUAGUGUAUGUAAACUUCUGACCCACUGGAAUUGGGAUACAGUGAACUAUAAAUUAAAUAAUCUGUCUGUAAACAAUUGUUUGAAAAAUUACUUGUGUCAUGCACAAAGUAGAUGUCCUAACCGACUUGCCAAAACUAUAGUUUGUUACAAGACAUUUGUGGAGUGGCUGAAAAAUGAGUUUUAAUGACUCCAACCUUUUUCACAAUAAGAAAUAUUUUGCAUCUUCAAAGUGGUAGGCAUGUUGUGUAAAUCAAAUGAUACAAACCCCCCAAAAUUCCAUUUUAAUUCAGAUUUUAAGGCAACAAAAUAGGGAAAAUGCCAAGGGGGUGAAUACUUUCGCAAGCCACUGUAUUUGUGUAUAUGGAUGGAUGUCUAGUGCGUGUGCGUAGGGUCAGUGCAAGAUAGUCAGUGCAGAUAAUUUUGGUACCAUUAAUUGACUAUUUAGCAGUCUUAUGGCUUGGGGGUAGAAGCUGUCUCGAGCCUGUUGGUCCAAGAGCCGAUGCUCCAGUACCGUUUGCCGGACAGUAGUAGAGUGGAACAGUCUAUGGCUUGGGUGGCUGGAUUCUUUGGCAUUUUUUCAGCCUUCCUCUGAUACCACCUGAUAUAGAGGUCCUGGAUGGCAGGGAGCACGGCCCCAGUGAUGUACUGGGCUGUCCGCACCACCCUCUGUAGCGCUUUGCGGUCAAGGGUGGUGCAUUUGCCAUACCAAGCGGUGAUGCAGCCAGUCAAAAUGCUCUCGAUGGUGCAGCUGUGUAACUUUGAGGAUCCGAGGCCCCUUGCCAAAUAUUUUCAGACUCCUGAGGGAGAAGAGGCGCUGCCGUGCCCUCUUUACGACUGCGGGUGUGUGUGAACCAUGUUAAGUCCUUAAGGGCUUUGCAGACUGUCGGAUUCAGUCUUUUACAAUUAUCACGUCACACUGCAACGUUAAAAUCUUGAUAUCAACUUGGCCAGAUUGUACAAUUGGCUUGUGAGGCUACGUCAGCCGACGUAGGCUACGUCAACUGCAGCGGUGUAUUUAUCUGUGCAUGUGCCAGCACAAGCAGCGCAAGCCUCACUAUGCUUAUACACAAGUGAAGUGAGUUUGGAAAAAUUGAAAGUAGCUAUGCCUUUUAGAAAUUGUUUUUGCAUACAAACUUUAUGUCCGAACUCAGAAUCAAAUAGGCUUCCCUAAAAUAACAUGGUCUCUGUGGUAGAACGUUUAUUUUGAAUGGCGAUAUUGUGCAUUUAUCCAAAUCCCAUCAGGUAGCCUGAUUUUCAGAUGUCAUGUAGCCUAAACAAGAUUAUUAGGGGAAUCGUUCUUCUUGCACAGCAUGUAAAUGUUUAAAUAUGAUAUAUUAAUCUGACAAUUCACAAUCAUCUUAGUAUUGUGUGCAUACUCAGUGCCUGCCGUGUUCCUAUUGUUCAGUCACCGGGAUCGGCUCGUAAACACCAGCUACAUUUUAACGAUAAAGGCAAAAAAAUGAACACUGGCAGAACUUUGUCGGAGCCUACUUAAUCGGCAGACCUAGACUCUGUCACACUGAAUGAGCCAAGAUGUCUGGGAUGGUAAAAUCGUGGCAUAAGAAAAUCGUACAGUCUGCAAAGGCCUUUAGUGAUGUGGACGCCAAGAAACUUGAAGCUCUCGACCCGCUCUACAACAGCCCCGUCGAUGUGGAUGGGGGCGUGCUCUCCCCUCUUUCUCCUAUAGUCCUUGAUUAGCUCCUUGGUCUUACUGAUGUUGAGGAGAGGUUGUUGUCCUGGCACCACACUGCUAAGCCUCUGUCCUCCUCCCUGUAGGCUGACUCAUCGCCGUCGGUGAUCAGGCCUACCACUGUUGUGUCGUCAGUAAACUUGAUGAUUGUGUUGGAGUCAUGCGUGGCCAUUGAGUCGUGGAUGAACAGGGAGUACAAGAGGGGACUUGGCACACACCCCUGAGGGGCCCCCUUGUUGAGGGUCAGCGUGGCGGAGGUGUUGUUGCCUACCCUCACCACCUGGGGACGACCUGUCAGGAAGUCCAGGAUCCAGUUGCAGAGGGAGGGGUUCAGUCCCAGGGUCCCUAGCUUGGUGAUGAGCUUGGAGGGGACCAUGGUGUUGAACGCUGAGCUGUGGUCUAUGAACAGCAUUCUCACAUAAUUAUGGCACGACAAUGGGCUUCAGGAUCUCGUCACGGUAUCUCUGUGCAUUCAAAUUGCCAUCGAUAAAAUGCAAUAGUGUUCGUUGUCUGUAGCUUUUGCCUGCCCAUACCAUAACUCCACCGCCACCAUGGGGUACUCUGUUCACAACGUUGACAUCAGCAAACUGCUCGCCCACACGACACCAUAAACGCAGUCUGCCAUCUGCCCUGUACAGUUGAAACCAGGAUUAAUCCGUGAAGAGCCCACUUCUCCAGCGUGCCAGUGGCCAUUGAAGGUGAGCAUUUGCCCACUGAAGUCGGUUACGAUGCCAAACUGCAGUCAGGUCAAGACCCUGGUGAGGACGACAAGCACGCAGAUGAGAUUCCCUGAGACAGUUUGACAGUUUGUGAAGAAAUUCUUUGGAUGUGCAAACCCACAGUUUCAUCAGCUGUCUGGGUGGCUGGUCUCAGACGAUCCCGCAGGUGAAGAAGCUGGAUGUGGAGGUCCUGGGCUGGCUUGGUUACACGUGGUCUGCGGUUGUGAGGCCGGUUGGACAUACUGCGAAAUUCUCUAAAACGGCUUAUGGUAGAGAAAUGAACACUCAAUUCUCUGGCAACAGCUCUGGUGGACAUUCCUGCAGUCAGCAUGCCAAUUGCACACUCCUUCAAAACUUGAGACAUCUGUGGCAUUGUGUUGUCUGACAAAACUGCACAUUUUAGAGUGGCCUUUUAUUGUUUAAUCAGCUUCUUGAUAUGCUACACCUGUCAGGUGGAUGGAUUAUCUUGGCAAAGGAGAAAUGCUCACUAACAAGGAUGUAAACAAAUUUGUGUGCAACAUUUUAGAGAGAGGCUUUUUGUGCGUAUUGUAUGGAACAUUUCUGGGAUCUUUUAUUUCAGCUGAAACAUGGGACCAACAAUUUUUUUAUGUUGUGUUUUAUGUUUUUGUUCAGUGUAGUUACUGUGGGGACGACAUCUAUGCUUUUUAUAUGCUGUGAUAUAAUUGCACUGACUUGCUCUAGAAUGCAUGUGGUGUUUGUUGUGAUAUGGGUUUAUGAAAUUGCAAUUCCGGUUUACAUUAAGACGUAUGGUAUCGUUUUCUGUAUGGUUUGUGUAGACAAGCAUAUCUAGCGUUGAGAUUAUCUUUUUGUUACAGGUUUGGACAGUAACUGUCAUGUUCCUGAGUAAGAAAUUCAAGAGACUACCUCACAUGUUCACCCUCAACCUGUUCCUGGCACAGGCAAGGCUUUGCUUUUGAAUAUCUGUUACUUUUCACAAAACAUCCAUCAAUUUACAUAUUGUAUGUCCAAGGAAUAAUGUUGUACAUAUCAUAUUGUCCAUAGUAAAAGUUGUAAGUGCAAUAUCACUGUCUAAAAGUUGUCAUUGCUUGCUGCUGUCUAUUGACGUUUGCCUCUCUGUGCAUCCAGAUUCUAGCUUGUGUUGGCAUGAUCUUGUGGAACUUUGUCGUGCGACAAGACAGCUUCAUUGGACACGUGUUGACGUUCACACUGUUAUACAGCUCACUGUACAGUACUUAUGUAUGGCCAGGUAUGUCUGUCACCCACACAACCGUCAACAUUAUACCACCACCAUUCUUUCCUCUAGUAUGCUUUUGUGUUGUAUGUAUAAAGUAUGUUAACAUACUGUGAUUAAAAAAGUGAAUAGUGCGGUGUCUAGCAAUGAUAAUCUCGACCUAGAGUGCGUGUUGUUUUAGGUCUGAUAGCACUUUCCCUUGUGCUGAUGAAAAGGGGUGGUGAGCUAAAGUUUGCACCAGGCUUCCUGGUGAUUGCAGGCUGGGGGUGAGUCAUGAGUUUUCCACUGAAUAAUGAAAUAGCUGGAAACCAAGGGACCUUUUGUUGAAUCUGCUGCUCAAACAGUCUUUAUCUGAUGCCAACAGAGUCCCAGCCCUUGUGGCAGCAGUGCUCCUCAUAACUGGGGAGAGGAUGCCUGAUACCAUCGACUCAGCUUUCUUCUAUGGGAGACCCCAGGUGAGACAGACUUGGAAAAGAAGACAUUCAAGAUUUGGGGAAAUAUCACCUCUCAUAGAACAUGACUUCAUCAUCCUGACCCUCUGUCUUUUUGACUUCCGCAGAACAUCUGCACCUCAGUUGUGCUUGUCUUCAGCAUAGUGCUGGGUGGGGGCUCAUUGAUGGGCCUCAGUCGAGGCACAUGGGAUUUUAAGUACCAGGUCCUGGAGAGAGACUCUAUGUUAAGCACUACUGAGGAUCUGAGGCCCCAGAGUUGCCCCGAUACCCAAACUAUCCCAGACAUGUUGGAGCCAGCCGGAACCGGAAGCAUCAACAGAGGUAUACUGUAUGUUAGCUGGAUUUAUGACAUGUAUACCAUUUAAUCAAUUGUAUGAUGCUGAUCAAAUGUAUUCUAUGUGUGUUGUCAGAGUGCCAUAUGUGUGACUGUGCUCCGUCGCAGCCCAUGCCUGAUAUGAUUGUCAGCACAAACAAAAAUGACACACUUGUCAUCGAGCCAGGUAGUGAUUUAAGAAACCUACUAACCUACAUCCCUCAAGUCUUCAUUUGAAUUAAUUGUGUCAGAUAUCUCCUCUUCCUGUAUACAAAUAAUGUUGUUAAACCAAGGGCCAGGAGUUUCCCUGGUCAGGUCAGGUGGUCAGACCAGGAAAUACUCCUUGCAAUAGUUAUUCCCACACUUGGUUUCAAAUUAUUCACUCAACUAACCUAUCAGUCAUUACCCUGUGGGUCACUCACCAUCUGUCUGCUCUGUGGCCUCCCUCAGGUCAGUGUGGGACUGACUGUGAGUCCCCAGGCUGUCUACUGGCCCAGGAGGAGCAGCAGAGGCAGCUAGCAGACAGACAGGUGGCCCGCCACGUGCUCCUGUGCCUGCUACUGACCGUCAGCCUAUUAGCUGUGAGUGACUCAACAUCACACAAAGCUCCCUCAGAAUAAGAUAAAACCUAAUUGGUUGGGUUGUUGCUCAAGGGUCAGUUAAUGUAAUAAUGUUGUGCUAGAGUAUUAUGCCAUUACCUCACAGCUAGGCCUACCUUAUGCAACAGAGUCUGUUGAUUUGUUUUACCCCUGUCCUGCCCUUCAGGUUUGGGUUAGUAUGAUGAUCCCUGUUUGAUUACAUCUCUCUCCACGGUUUUAGAACCUGUCCAGCUGCCUGUGGUGGCUGUUUAAUCGAGUUCCUGGGAGACUCUACUUAGAGCUGCAGUUCUUCUGUGCUGUGGUCAACUAUGGACAGGUACAAUAGGCCUCCCUGGCCUAGACAUAAUGACAUUAACAACUGCUGUAUUCAUUUAAUGGUGGUGGUGUUUACAUAUCUGUGUUUUCUGUCCUCAGGGCUUCAUCUCAUUCGGGAUUUUUGGGCUGGACAAACAUUUGAUAAUACUGCCAUUUAAAAAGAGGUAAGUGGUUCCCGGACUUGCAUUUCAUAGGAUCUAGUAGUAAGCUGUGUAUUGAAUAAGAAGCCUUGAGAUGUAUUUUUGUCCAGGAUAUCCAAUCUGUGGCAUAGAAUGAAGCCAGAGGAGCAGCCUCAACUGGUUGUAUCUGACGACAUCAUGAUGACCUGCACUCAAUUCACCACGUACCACAAAGAACAGUGUGUCCGGGACAUUGUCCAGAAGAAGAGGUGAGGGGUCAAUUAUAGUCGCCUUACAGUGCUGCUCUGCUCAGGGAUUCAAUAGAAACUGUUUGCUUUUGCUGUGCAACCACUGUAUAUUUGUGAAAACGGCUUACAGUAUUCUUGAAACUACUAUUGCAUGGUGAGAUUGUUCUGACUAAAUAUGAGACACUAAAACCGCCUCUUAUUAUUAGUCUUUUACGACUUUGCUUAUGAUUUGACAGUCUGACAUAUCAUUUUGUAUACCCAUUGAUCAUCCCUAAUAUAAAUGAUUUUUCCCUGGCUUUUGGUGCAUGGGUUGUGUGUUGAGCACUUCUCUCUUGCUUUUGUCUGUGUGCCAUCUUCCUCCUCCUGUGUAUCUGCUUCCUCUUUCUUUCGUUCCUCUUGGCCCUGGCAGCUGUGGGGAGUGCAUAACUGGCCUGUUGGUGAAUCCUUCCUCUGACACACAGGUGUGGGGAGAGGACGGUGGCGGACACUUUUCUUGGCAUUGAGCUGGUGGAGUGGCUAUUGCAGGUGGGUCUGUCACAGGACCGAGGAGAGGCUCUGCUCUACGGGGGCCGACUGCAGCAGGGUGGGGUUCUCCAGCACAUCACCCAGGAGUACGGCUUCCAAGAUGAUGAGCUACACUACCGCUUCACAGCGUAAGGUGGGCCCUGGACAGGCCCAGUCUCAAGGGCCCUGGACAGGCCCAGUCUCAAGGGCUCUACUGAGGCACAGGAUGACAAAGGGAUCGGCUACCUACCAGACCUGAAUCCAGGUCUCUACCUACCUAGCACUAGCAGUAUUAACCCACAGAGGUGAAUUGAAGAAUCUGCUGCUUUUUGAAAUACUCGUAUUGUUUUGCACAUGGAAAUAUGCAGUCAUAAACAAGCAUUGAGCACUUGUUUGUUUUCUUUUAAACUGUCCAUUGUAAUGUUUUUGUGUGGUACUGUAUGCAU